GAAAGAAGUGGAGGAAACAAUCGAGUGGAGGAGAGAGAAAAAAAGUGGAGGAAAAUUAACAUGGAACGGCACAGUGGAAGGGCAUUCGGCGGGGGGCUCCUCCAUCCCACCCCCGCGCCCCUCCACCCCCUCCCGCCCCUCCCGUCCCGCCCCGCCCCGCCCCUGCACUUCGAUCUUGAGGCGCUGCUUAAGAUCGACGACCUGCGCACGUGGAUUCAAGACCUGGAGUCGUCGCGGGGUCGUCGCUACCAAACCCUCUACAGUGACUACGAUGACUACGACAGCCUGGACGAGGGUGACAUCACGCAGAAGGGCUACGAGAAGAAGAAGGCGCGCCUCCUCCAGCCCUAUGUCAUCCGGGACCCCAGCCAGGCCUCCCACCAGGCGGCGCUGCAGGCCCAACACGGCAGCGCCGCCAGCGGCCGCCGCCACCGCAGCGAACAUCGCAGCGUCACGACUCACGAACGGCGCUACCUCUCAGGUGCGCAAGCCGAGGCCGCGUCACCCUCAACCCGCUCCCGACGAAGGGCCCAGCGCCGUGUGACCAGGAAUGAGUCCCGCUAUCACUCAGAGGUGCGGCAGGAGGCGGUCAAGGAGGCUCUGGCGCAGUACCAGUCGCGGCCCAAGAACCUGCCGCUGCCCUCCAAGCGCUCCUCGGUGAUGACGGCGCGCUCCCCUGACAGGCACCACCGGGACUCAGACUCAGAAGACAGCGACGAGGACAGCGUGACGGCCGAGGGCAGCCUGGGCAGCAGCGGGGGUCACAGUGGGUCGCAGGGCACGCCAGAGGUCAACCGCACACCACUGCUCCUGCCGCCGCCGCAGGUCCCCACACACGGCAGCGGGGGCGGCACGCCGGCCAGCAGCUCCGGCAGCAGUCACCACACCCCCCCUCACCCCUUGCCCCCCAAGCAGCAGCAGCCCCUGCCCCCCAUCCCGCCACACAGCCUCAGCAAUGGUGGCGAGGACGAGCGAAGGAGACGAGAGAUGACGGAGGUGUCAGACAUGAUGCGGAACAUUACCUCAUUUUCCCAGCCGCCGGAUGUCACCAACAACACCAGCAGCGGCAAUGCCAGAAUGCCUCGCGACGACCGGAUCACUCGCUACUCCGGCCCGCCCUCCACCCGACAGUCCUCCUCAGACGCCGACUCAGACGGGUGGAGAGACGCUCUCUAUCAUUUUCCAGAGAAUUGGAGAGGAACCGGCCGCUGGAAAGUGUCCAACAAGAUCCAGCAGCUCCUCAACACACUCAAGAGACCAAAAAGACGACCUCUUCCAGAGUUUUACCUGGACGACGAGGAAGACCUGGAGAUCGCCGCCAACCCCAAAGACCCCAACGCCCCCAAGCCCGAGGGAAUGGUGAUGACCCCGGCAAGAGGAGAGCAGCUGGUGAUCCCCGCUGGACUCCCGCGCUCAGUGGAGGACGCAGUGUACCGGUACGGCUCGUCCUCCGGCUACAAGGCGCCCGUUGCCACUGUCCUCGACGCCAACGGGAAGCUCUCCGUCUCCCUCACAUACGGAAAAUUGUUAAGCCGGUCGCAGAAGAUGGCGUACAACCUUCUGACGAGGCUGGGCGGGCGCGGGGAGGGCACGGUGAUGCCUGGCGACCGCGUGGCCCUCGUCUACCCCAACAACGACCCCGUGUCCUUCAUGUGCGCCUUCUACGCGUGUCUGCAGGCCGGCCUUGUCCCCGUGCCCAUAGAAGUCCCGCUGUCAAGGAGAGACGCAGGAUCCCAGCAAAUUGGCUUCCUGCUGGGGAGCUGUGGCGUGUCGGUGGCCCUGACCUCGGAGGCCUGCUUCAAGGGCAUCCCCAAGACCAGCGCCGGCGAGGUGGUGUCCUUCAAGGGGUGGCCCAAGCUGACCUGGUUCAUCACCGACCACCUGCCCAAACCCCCCAAGGACUGGCAGACCCCCCCAAGGCACUCAGACGACACUGCAGCGUACAUUGAGUACUGCACGGACAAGGACGGGUCGGUGAAGGGCGUCGUGGUGACCAGGACGGCGAUGUUGGCCCACUGCCGCACCCUCACCUCGGCCUGCAACUACACGGAAGGGGAGGUGGCCGUCUGUGUCCUCGACUUCAAGCGAGAGGUUGGGUUGUGGCACUCCAUGCUGUGUUCUGUGUUCAAUGGGAUGCACGUCAUAUUCAUUCCAUACUCCGUCAUGAAGGUCAACCCGGCGUCCUGGAUGCACAUGAUCACCAGAUUUAAAGCCAGCAUAGCAAUAGUCAAGAGUCGUGACCUUCACUGGGGUCUGCUGGCCACCAAAGACCACAAGGACGUCAGCCUCCAGUCUCUGCGUCUGCUGCUGGUCGCCGACGGAGCCAACCCUUGGUCCCUCUCCUCCUGUGACCAGUUCCUUGCAGUGUUCCAAAGCAAAGGUCUCCGGCCAGAUGCAAUUUGUCCCUGUGCGUCAUCCCCUGAAGCCCUCACCGUCUCUGUCAGGAGGCCGGGCCAUGGAGGUGCCAACGCAGUGGGCCGAGGCGUCCUCAGCAUGCAGGGCCUGAGCUACGGGGUGGUGCGGGUGGACCAGGAGAACUCCCUCACCUCCCUCACGCUACAGGACUGUGGACAGGUCUUGCCCGGAGCAAUGAUCAUAGUUGUGAAGCUGGAGGGUCAGCCAUCAGUGUGCAGGACGGACGAGGUCGGGGAGAUCUGUGUGGCGGGCGCAGCGAUGGGCGACCAGUACUGGGGGCUGCAGGGCAUGACCAACACAACCUUCAAAGUGCAGCCGCUCCUCCCGGACAACACGCCCAUGUCCGACACCUCCAACUUUGUACGGACGGGUCUGCUGGGCUUCCUGGGACCUGGCGGCCUCGUGUUUGUCUGCGGCUCUCGCGACGGCCUCAUGACGGUGACGGGGCGCAAACACAACACAGACGACAUUAUCGCCACCGUCUUGGCCGUGGAGCCCAUGAAGUUCAUCUACCGAGGACGCAUCGCUGUGUUUUCUCACCGAGUGCUGAGAGACGAGAGAAUAUGCGUCAUAGCUGAGCAGCGGCCGGACUGCUCAGAGGAGGAGAGUUUCCAGUGGAUGUCAAGAGUCCUUCAAGCAGUGGACAGCAUACACCAAGUAGGAAUAUACUGCCUUGCCCUCGUCCCUCCCAACCACUUGCCAAAGACUCCCCUGGGCGGCAUCCACUUGUCAGAGACGCGCAAAAAGUUCUUGGAAGGUUCGCUCCACCCCGCCAAUGUGCUCAUGUGCCCUCACACCUGUGUCACCAACCUGCCAAAGCCCCGGGAGGUCCACCACGAUGUGGGCCCAGCCAGUGUGAUGGUCGGCAACCUGGUGCAGGGGAACCGCCUGGCCAGCGCACAGGGACGGGAGUUAGGGCUCAUGGAUAAUGAUGAUGGCAUGAGGCGGCAUCCACAGUUCAUCGCCGACAUCUUGAAGUGGCGAGCAUCCACCACGGAGAACCACGAGAUCCUGACUCUCCUCAACUCCAAGGGUCAGGUGGCCACGUCUCUGACCUGUGCUCAGCUACACAAGAAGGCGGAGCGUGUGGGCUGCCUGCUGCUGGAGAAAGGCCACAUAAACACUGGCGACCAUGUGGCUCUCAUCUACCCGCCCGGAGUGGACCUAAUAGCAGCCUUCUAUGGAUGCCUCUACGUUGGUGCUGUGCCAGUGACAAUCCGCCCCCCACACCCCCAGAACCUUCAGUCAACAGUCAACACAGUUAGAACAGUUGUAGAUGUAUCCAAGUCUUCAAUAAUACUGUCCACCUUGACGGUUAUUAAACUUCUUAAGAGCAAAGAGGAGAAGUUUGACAGUGGCAAGAAGUGGCCUCCCAUCCUUGACACAGACGACCUGCCAAAGAAGCGUCUGCCCUCCAUAUACAAGGCACCAACGCCGGAGAUGAUUGCCUACCUGGACUUCAGCGUGUCCACGACGGGCAUGCUGGCGGGCAUCAAGGUGUCUCACGGCGCAGCCACUUCACUCUGCCUCAGCAUGAAGGUCGCCUGUGAGCUGUACCCCUCCCGCGUGGUGGCUCUGUGCCUAGACCCUUACUGUGGACUGGGCCUGGCACUCUGGGUCCUGUCAUCCAUAUACUCUGGACACCAGUCCAUUCUCAUUCCUCCUGGCGAGGUUGAGGUGAAUCCCUCCUUAUGGCUCUCCGCUGUCUCACAGUACAAAGUGCGCGACACCUUUUGCUCUUAUGGGGUGAUGGAGCUAUGCACUAAGGGCUUGGGCUCCUCCAUUACCCUCCUCAAGCAGCGUGGUGUCAACCUGGCAUGCGUCAGGACAUGUGUCGUGGUGGCGGAAGAACGACCAAGAGUGCAGCUCACCAACUCCUUCUCCAAGCUCUUCAGUGGUCUUGGACUGUCCCCCCGCGCCGUGUCCACAAGUUUUGGGUGCCGGGUCAAUGUGGCAGUGUGUCUGCAGGGUGCCUCCUCCCCCGACCCCACCACUGUGUUUGUCGACCUACGUUCCCUGAGGCACGACAGGGUAACGCUGGUGGAGAGAGGUGCUCCGCAUUCCAUCUGCAUCAUGGAGUCUGGGAAGCUCUUGCCGGGUGUGAAGGUUGUCAUCGCCAACCCUGACACCAAGGGGCAGUGUUCAGACUCCCACCUCGGCGAGAUCUGGGUCCAGUGCAACCACAAUGCCAGCGGCUACUUCACAGUGUACGGUGACGACGGCACCUCCAGCGACCACUUCAACGCCCAGCUGGUGACGGGCAACACCGGGGAGACCUACGCCCGCACCGGCUACCUGGGCUUCCUGCGCCGCACCGAGUCUGUGCAGGCAGACGGGGAGCUGCAUGACGCCGUGUUUGUGGUGGGUGCUCUGGAUGAGACUGUGAUCCUCAGGGGCAUGCGCUACCAUCCCAUUGAUAUAGAGAUGACGGUGAUGCGGUGCCACAAGAAGAUCUCAGAGUGUGCCGUGUUCAAUUGGACCAACCUGCUGGUGGUGGUGGUGGAGCUCGACGGGGCCGAGUACGAGGCUCUUGACCUGGUGCCUCUGAUCACCUCAUCCGUCCUGGAGGAGCACCAGGUCAUCGUGGGCGUCAUUGUGGUGGUGGACCCUGGGGUGGUGCCUAUCAACUCCCGCGGGGAGAAGCAGCGCAUGCACCUGCGGGACGGCUUCCUGGCAGACCAGCUGGACCCCAUCUAUGUUGCCUACAACAUGUAAAGUUUAAGUAGUGAUGGUGACCUGCCCAGCCAAGGCAGGAUAAAAAGACAUUCUCUACAAGUAACUGGAUUAACUAUUCUUUACAGGCAACUGAAAGUUAAUCCAUUCUGGAAAUAAAUCGGAAAACAGGGAAAUAAGAGAUUUUACAUUUUAAGAUGACUCACUGUGAGUGAUUGAAACUAGUUUUCAAAUGAAUGAAUGAAUGUUUGAUAUAUAUAUAUAUAUAUAUAUAUAUAUAUAUAUAUAUAUAUAUAUAUAUAUAUAUAUAUAUAUAUAUAUAUAUAUAUAUAUAUAUAUAUAUAUAUAUAUAUAUAUACACUUGUAUAUUCAUAUAUCCACACCUUGACAAGAACAGUGUGGCUUGUGGAGGCUGCUGUGCCGACAAGCCACGAAGCAGAGCACACAGUCACUUUUGUAUGACAGGGAUGUUAAAUCCAUUAAUUUUUACAUUUAUAUUUGUUGUCAGAUGUAAGAAUGUUUAAUUUUUUUUAAACUUUACAUAAGAAGGGUUUUCUAUUAUUUACAAGUGCCAUGUGCAGCCUUUUACAAUUGCAUUUGUAGUGUGAUAUACUUCAAGUGAAUAUAUUCAGUCAUGAACUUUGGUAGAAUGUUAAUGCUAGAUUGUGAUAGUGUUUGUGAGGUUAUAGAAAAUUUAAUAGAUCAUACUGCUACAUAGACAUAAUUGGUAUAUGAGGAGUGAAUGCAUUCAAGUCAUUUUGACCUGAGGAAAUGUUUGCCUCUUGAAACAGCCAAACAGUGUGUAUAUAGUCAUGUAAUGGCUAAGACUCAGGCCUCUGUACAUAUGGUACAUUACCGUACCAGCUCCCACUUUAUUUAGUCCUAACACGAGCAGGCUUUUCAGCAACUCUGCGACUGAUUCCCGGCCCGGCGGUGCUGAAGAGUCUGCUCGGCAUCCUCCUGUACAUUUGUAUAGCCAUAGACAGGUUCACCACAGCAGGCUUGGACACCGCGCGAACAGGGCCUUUGUGGCACCAAAGCUCCGAGCGUCGCCCGGCUGCCUCCACACCCAUGAGAAGUGUGCUCCAGGCAACCAGUGCAAACUGUUCUUUCCUUAAAUUAUGCUGCAAGUAAUUUUUAUUUUAGGUAUCCGAGACUUUUAACAAUGUUCUCCGAGGCACGAGUGACUGAGAAAAUACAGACUGCGCGAGGCACAGCAGGAACAGUUUUUAUGGGUGAGGAGGAGGAGGUGUUUCUAGUGUAGCCUUGCCGAGACACAGCACACCCGACAGUGUUGCAGAAUCAUACAGAUUUUAUAUAAAUUUGCUGUAGAAUAAUAGUAAGACAUUAUUUUCAUUUUAUAAUUCUAAGCAUUUUACAAAAAAAUUGAGGCUCAAGCUGGCGAUGACGUGACCCGCGCGGCAGUACAGUGCUCGUGAUUGGUCUGGGCCGGGGGACCCACAGUUAUCUUAACUUCUUACAUUGGAAGACAAACAUUGAAAGGCAAACGUGUCUCAAGUUCAAAUUGGUUACCCAAUAUUGCAAGCUGCCUCAGCCUGCCAGCAUACAUUAUUUCUUUUGCAUGAAUGAAUUCCUUAUAUAUAUUAGACAUAAAUUGUUGUAUUUUAAACCAUUGUCAUGAUUUUGUCAAAAUAAAAUGUGAAGUAGGAGCAGGUAUUUAUCUUGUAUUUCUAUAUAUAUAUAAUAUAUAUAUUAAUUUUCAUUUAUAAUGAUCUCUGCUUUUCAAAGUAAGAUAAACAAUGAUAUGGAAUCACCUAUGUAGCUGUAUUACUGCUAAGUCAUUCACUUUCAUUUGGAGUCAUAGAUUUGUUGUGUGUACAGUUUAGAUCAGCACUAUUGUUUAUAGCAUUGCCAGUGUAAUGAUUUAACAUUUAAUGACUGUAGAGGUGCAAUGAAAAGUAAUCAAAACAAAAAUACAAAAAAAAUAAAUUUAUAUGUCUGAUCGGAUGAAAUGUCUCCUGUCUUCAUUUCUUCGGAGGUAACCGAGCGAAGUAACGCCUAAAAAACGGGAAACUUUUACAUCCCUCAUCUAUUGCGGCUUUCUGAAAUUGACGGAUUCCAGAGCAGCUACAGGUAUCUUGUGUUUUUGUAUACUGUCUCUUAACAUACAGUACAAGCAAUAAAUGUUGAGAAAAG